AUGGCAAUCAAAAAAGCUUCAAACAAACUGCCACAAAAAGCAGUUUUGAAGCAAAUUCUCAAAAGAUGUUCAAGCUUAGGCAAGAAACAAGGCUAUGAUGAUGAAGAUGGGCUUCCUUACGACGUACCAAAAGGUCAUUUUGCAGUUUAUGUAGGUGAAAACAGAAGUAGAUACAUAGUUCCCAUAUCAUUCUUGUCUCACCCUGAAUUUCAGUGCCUUCUUCGUCGAGCCGAAGAAGAAUUUGGAUUUGAUCAUGAUAUGGGACUCACUAUUCCUUGCGAAGAGUUUGUUUUUCGAUCUCUAACAUCAAUGCUUCGAUGA